UUUAUACAGUCUAUGGGUAAGAUGAGAGGCUCUUGUUUCGUCCUCUCCGGUGCUGCAGCUGAAGGAACAGCUGAGCAGGGAGGGAACAUGAAAGUGAAAGUGUUUAGUUAGUUCCUUCUUCAGAUUAAAUGUUGUGUCGACGGAGUAGAGAGGGCAAACUCGGACAGGUAUGAACGCUACAUACCAUUGGAAGGCUAAAUACUGUACUGAAGAUGGGUGAUUUUGUGGGGGAAGAGGAGGCCCAAGCAGAGUCUGCAGUCUCUGACCAUCUAUCUCUGAAGAGUAAUCGAUCCAAAGCCAAACUUCUUGACUUCAGUGGUGAACCUGGACCCUCUGACACACAAGCUGAUCUCAUCAGACAGAGAGCAGAGUAUGCAGGCUCUGACCGUCUGUCCAAAUUUGAUCCUCCAGACUUCAGUGCUGAACCUGGACCCUCAGACACAAAAGCUGAUCUCAUCAGACAGAGAGCAGAGUAUGCGGGCUCUGACCGUCUGUCCAAAUUUGAACCUCCAGACUUCAGUGCUGAACCUGGACCCCCGAAUGCAAAAAAGAGGAAGAAGAGUCCUGUCUCUAUGGAGGAGCAGCCGUCCUGCUGUGCUGUGUGUCAGGACGUCCUGAAGGACCCAGUCUCUACCAGCUGUGGACACUGGUUCUGCAGACAGUGCCUCACCUCAUACUGGGACCAGCCUGGUCUACGUGGACACUCCUCCUGUCCCCAGUGUGGACCUCAGACAGACCAUCAAGGCAGGACUUUACAAAGUGCUCUGCAGGAGCACAAGAUCAGUCUGAAGAGGAGAUGUGAACAUGUGACUGAAGGAAGUGAUGAAGCAGGAAGUAGAACCCACUUCAACAGGAUCUACACUGAGCUCUACAUCACAGAGGGACAGAGUGAAGAGGUGAAUACCCAACAUGAGGUGAGACAGCUUGAGACAGCCUCCAAGAAGAAGAUCCUUGAAGACACUCCCAUCAGGUGCCAGGACAUCUUAAAACCCUUACCUGAUCAACAGACAACCAUCAGAGUGGUUCUGACAAAUGGCGUUGCUGGGAUUGGAAAAACCUUCUCGGUGCAGAAGUUCACUCUGGACUGGGCAGGGGGCUCGGAGAACCAAGACCUCAGUCUGGUGGUUCUGCUUUCAUUCAGGGAGCUGAACUUGAUCAAAGGUGAGCGGUACAAUCUCCUCAAGGUGAUCCAUGAUUUCCAUCCAACAUUAGAGAAGGUCACAGCAGAGACGCUGGGUGUCUGUAAACUUCUGCUCAUCUUUGACGGCCUGGACGAAAGCAGACUGUCUCUGGAUUUCAACAACAGUGAGGUCGUGUCUGACGUCACACAGGAGUCAUCAGUCAACGUCCUGUUUAUGAAUCUCAUCAGGGGGAAUCUGCUUCCUUCAGCUCUCAUCUGGAUAACUUCGCGACCUGCAGCAGCCAAUCAGAUCCCUCUUUCGUGUGUUGACAGGGUAACAGAAGUCAGAGGCUUCACUGACGCCCAGAAGGAGGAGUACUUCAAGAGGAGGUUCAGUGAUGAAGAUCUGUCCAGCAGAAUCAUCUCACACAUCAAGACAUCCAGGAGCCUCCACAUCAUGUGCCACAUCCCAGUCUUCUGCUGGAUCACUGCAACAGUUCUGGAGCACAUGAUGAGCACAGGGCAAAGAGAAGAGCUGCCCAAGACCCUGACUGACAUGUACUCACACUUCCUGAUGGUUCAGACAGAGAGGAAGAAGCAGAGGUAUGCUGAGGGUCAUGAGAUGAGUCCUGAGGAGCUGAUUAAGGUUGACAGGGAAGUUUUCCUGAAGCUGACCAGGCUAGCGUUCGAACAUCUGGAGGAAGGAAACAUCAUGUUCUACCAAGAAGACCUGGAGCGCUGUGGUCUGAAUGUCAUAGAGGCCUCGGUGUACUCAGGAGUUUGUACAAAGAUCUUCAAAAAAGAGUAUGUGAUCUUCCAGAAAACAAUCUACUGCUUUGUUCAUCUGAGCAUUCAAGAGUUUCUGGCUGCAGUCUACAUGUUCAACUGUUACACAACCAGGAACACAGCUGCACUGGAGGCCUUUCUGGGGAAAUGUUACAAAGAUUCAACUCUAAAAGACCUCCUAAACCAAGCAAUGAUGAAAGCCAUGAGAAGUGAAAACGGCCACCUGGACCUGUUUGUUCGCUUCCUUCAUGGACUGUCUCUGGAGUCAAACCGGAGACUCUUAGGAGGUCUGCUGGGUGACACAGACAACAGUCCAGAGAUGAUCCAAAGAGUCAUCAACAACCUGAAGAAGAUGAACAGUGAUAAGAUCUCUCCUGACAGAAGCAUCAACAUCUUCCACUGUCUGAUGGAGAUGAACGACCACUCAGUCCAUCAGGAGAUCCAAAAGUUCCUGAAGUCAGAGAACAGAUCAAAGAUAGAACUCUCUGAGAUCCAGUGCUCUGCUCUGGCCUACAUGCUGCAGAUGUCAGAGGAGGUUCUGGAUGAGUUAGAUCUGGGGAAGUACAACACAUCACUGUGGGGACGAUGGAGACUGAUUCCAGCAGUGAGGAACUGCAUGAAGGCUGGACUUAAUCGCUGCUCACUGUCAGACACUCACUGUGGAGUUGUUGCCUCAGCUCUGAAGUCCAACCCUUCCCAUCUGAGACAGCUGAACCUGAGUGACAACAACCUGACGGAUUCAGGAGUGAAGCUGCUGUCAGCUGGGCUGGAGGGUCCGCACUGCAGACUGGAGACCCUAAAAUUGGGGAACUGCAGUUUGUCAAAGAGCAGCUGUGCUUCUCUGGCCUCUGCUCUGAAGUCCAACCCCUCCCAUCUGAAAGAGCUGGAGCUGAGUGGAAACGAGCUGCUGGAUUCAGGAGUGGAGAAGCUGAGUGGUUUUCUGGAGAGUCCUGACUGCAGACUGGAGACUCUGAGAUUAUGGAACUGCUGUUUGUCAGAGAUCAGCUGUGCUUCUCUGGCCUCUGCUCUAAAGACCAACCCCUCCCAUCUGAGACACCUGAACCUGGGUGACAACAAGCUGCUGGAUUCAGGAGUGAAGCAGCUGUGUGGUUUUCUGGAGAGCCUUCACUGCAAACUAGAGACUCUGGGAUUGUGCAACUGCCAGUUGUCAGUUGCCAGCUGUGCUUCUCUGGCCUCUGCUCUGAUGACCAACCACUCCUCUCUGAAAGAGCUGGACCUGAGAGGAAAUAAGCUGCAGGAUUCAGAAGUGACGCAGCUGUGUAGUUUUCUGAAGACGCUUCACUGGAGACUCUGAGGUUGAAGUACUUAUCUCCAUCAGAAAGGUGGAUGUGUUGAUAGAAGAUCGGCUGAAUCCUGAUGAUCCAGAUUGGUUGGAGCAGCAGCAACAGCAUCUUUUUAUAUAUGCGAAGGCUCCGAGUGGACAGUGUUACAUGGAGGAGAGCUUCGUCCAACAGUGACUGACCGUCAACUGAAGACCAAUUUCAACAAUACAUUCUCAAGUGAGCACUUAUUUUUUACAAAAGGAAACAAAGAUUACAAACAGACUUACAACAAGAAAAGAAAGCACAACAGUCCAUGUGUAGCAGGGAACCAAGGUUAAUAAACUCAAUCCAUCCUUUCCAACAUUUAUCAAACACAGCACUCUUGAGCCUCAGUGUAAACGUUAGUUUACAUGAGAAAAAUAACAUGCAUCACAUUAAACAAUCUAAUGCACGUGGAUCCUGACAUAACCAAUUUUUUCAUUAUUGCUUUGUUUUCUGGCCACAAGCAUUACUCUAAAUCACUCUAUCAUCUCAGAAAUAUUACAAAAGCAGAAUCUUUUUUAAAAUGUUAAAGACACAGAGAUGGUUUUACAUGCUUUUAUAUCAACACGGCUAGAUUACUGCAACAGCCUUUUUACCUGUCUUAACCAAAAAUCCCUCAACACACUUCAGAUGGUACAGAACUCAGCUGCCAGGCUGUUAUCCAGAACCAAGAAAUAUGAUCACAUGACGCCUUGUUAAGCUUCUUUACAUUGGCUGCCAGUAAGUUUUGGAAUUGAUUUUAAGAUUUUAUAGGUUACUUUUAAAGCACUCAACAGUCUCGGUCCCUGUUAUAACUCAGACCUUCGAACACAGUACACUCCACUCUGCGAUCCACAGGAAAUGGUCUGCUUUCUGUCCCAAAAACUCUUUUGCUGAAAACAAUCAAUCAAUCAAUCAAUCUUUGUUUGUAUAGCACCAAAUCACAACAAACGUUAUCCCAAGACGCUUUUACAAACAGAGCAGGUCUAGACUGUACUCUAUGUUAAAUUAUUAACAAAGACCCAACAUCAAGACAGGAUAAGACUCAUCUGCACAUCGCAGUAUUUAGCAAAUUACAGCAACAAGGAAACACUCCCUUUUAAUAGGCAGAAACCUCGAGCAGAACCAGACUCAUGUUAGACACAUAUCUGCCGUCACAAAAAUCAAGGGGGACAAGAUGUUUUCAGUCCGGGCCCCACAGCUGUUUGUAAUGUAGAUUUUGAAAAGUGCUUUAUACUGUACACAAAGAUUAUUAUUAUCGUUAUUAUAAACAUGUAAACUCUAGAAAAGCCAAUAAGUUGGGGUGGCAUCUUACCUAGAUACAAGACUUGAAAACAUAAGUCAAUCUUAGUUUUUAAAACUUGUUCCAUGCUAUCUCUUUUUGACUUCCAGUCAUUUUUCAUCUCUGAACAAUUCCAAAACACAUGAUAGUGGUUUGCCCUCCGAAUACCACACCUUAUCCAGCAGGCUGUUGGCCCCCUGUAUGUUUUAGUGCAGGUGUUAUAAAAGAACCUAAUCAUGGCUGUUGCAGCUGACUGACGAUUUAACCAAACAAAAACCGACACGCCGUGGAAGGCUAAGCACGGGAGUUUACCUGUGACGCACACUCACAGAAACACACAUCCACUUCUAAUGCUCGUUAAUGCUCUUUAUUUCUAGCAAUGUGCAACUUGAACAGAUGCUUCAUACAAUACAAGACAAAGUACAGAACGGCAAAACUAAUGUGGUGUUAGGCGUAGCGGUCAACAGAAAGUGUCACUCCCGACUCACCCUUCCUCGUUAACAAAACCAACAGACUACAGGUGCGUGGAAUUAUUUGUAACCAUCGCGCACACACCCACAGUGACAUACCCACCACUCAAGUGCCAGCAGAGUGCACACAACCCCCUCACAUCAAUAUACAGCACUUACCAACACGUCACAUAUAAAACACACACAUAUGGCUCCUACAAUGGCUGUUUUCGAACCUGUCUACUACACUAGCAGUACAUACUGAUUUGGCCAAAGUUCAGUAUGUAGUAUGUGAACAAGAGCAAAAUCUGCAGUAUGACAAAACUACCCAUAUGUCUCACUGAUUUGGGAAAACUUCUUAGUAUGCAUCAGACCUCUCACUUCUUAACUUUCUAAAUCAUAAGUGAUGCUUAAGAAGCAGUUUCGCUAUCAGCUUGGCUGUUGUUUACUUCUGCUUUCUGAUCCAACAGAACAGUCAGACUACAUACUAUCUUCAAACGCAGUAAGCAGUAUGCAGGACGUACUACAUACUGCAUUCCCAGGUAGUAUGAUGCAGGCGGUUUCGAUAACAGCCAAUGUUUUUCCAGUUUUAUCUCUCCUUGAUAGUUACCCUCAAGCUACCAUUUCUCUUUUAAGAAGGAUGUACUCACUCCUCUUAGUUCUUGAAGGCCUUCGUACAGCUUAGAGAUAGUUUUGAGACUUGGCUGAGGUUUGUAAGCUGAAAGGAAGAUUCUUAAUGUACUAGACCCAGAUAUAGAGUUUUUUAAACUUUCUUUGUUCACAUAUUUAUCUGUGUUAUUUUUGAAUUAUAAAUAUCUAAAGGGAUCUUUAAUGGCAAGGCCAUACUUCCUCUUUUAAGUCUUGGAAACUUUUGAAUGAAGAAUCUCCAUAUACCUCCAAAUAAAUAGCCUCUAGUAAACCAAAUCAACAAAAACUUUAUAUCUAUUAUAUCUAUAGUCAUAUUCACAUACCAUUUUACAUAUAUAUUUUACAAUUGAACUUUAUUCCAUUUUUGAAGUAUUAUCAGUUAGGUUUUUGAUAACAUUUUGACGCUAGUAUCCAAGUUUACUUGGAUAUUUAUGACGAAAUAAAUAUCCAACCAAUCAUAAAUGAAACACCAAGUCACGCCCAGAUAUGUUUACAAAACAACUGAACUCUACUGAACUGAAAUAAGCAGACUCCUCUCUGCGUCGUCUUUUUUCAAUAGCUUGUUUGCUAAUCAUGUACUGCCUGUAAUCUGUCUGUAUAGCUAUCUACCUGCUCUGUGCACCAUUGUGCUUGUGUCUGGCUUCACAUCCACUGGUGAAGAUGACAGCUUGUUGUCAUUCUUCUUGUUUCGUAAUUUCAAUGGAUUUGGGGAAACAUCAGGCCGCGGUUUAGAUGAGCCGCGGCAAAGUGGCUAAAGCAGUGCUGCAUAAGCUUUGCUCAUUUCCCCAGGACAAACAACAAACAAAAGACUGAUGACUGAUAGAGAACAUUGGGCCUCAUUCUUCAACACCCUCAGACUUUUCAUACAUUUAUUCCCUCUACAUGUAGCAUGGGUGUACAGGUUUAAACCAAACAUUGCAUGAUUGAAAUAACAGUGGACUACAGUUAAAUUAUGUAUUUAUAAUAACCUUUAAUGGUAUAAAGGUGCUAAGAGAGUGAAACACUAUCCAAUCAUUGUGCUCUGACUUGUCAGCUCUCAAAAGUGCAUCAGAGCGUUCGUAGAUUUUCUUCUGAGAAAACCCCAGAUAGAUAACUUUGGUGAAUGUCCAAAUAUUCUUCAAACGGUGUAAGUGGGUUUCAAGAAUGCAUGAGUCCUGAAGAACUGUUGGUAAAUGAGGUCCUUUGAACUUUAACCAACAGGUGUAGGACAUUCUGCAUCAGUCUGCAGCUGAAGUCUCCUUUUUACCAGUGUUAUGACUCUGAACACUUUGUUUCUUUAUUUUUCUAACAUUUUUUACUCUGAUAAUAAAAUCUAUUAAAGCCAA